CAGAUUCGACACGACCGCCACGCCGAGUGGUUCACGAUAUCACACAGCCUUGCGCUCUCGCUGGGCCCCCACGGCUGCUCCGGUUCGCGACUCCGCCGCCGCCGAACAGCUGCGACAAUAAGACGCGACGGGUCGCGGUCGGGUUUCCGGCGAGUCACGGAGGAUGUGAGUUGUCCAGCUCGCGGUUCACGUUCCUCGGCCGAGGGGGAGGAAUCUGCCGGGACGUUGUUCGGGUGUGUCGGGUCCCGAUAGAUCUCGACGUGCCGAGUUGGCCGAGCGCGAUCGUUGUCCGCCCGGUGAAGCUGUCGAGUGCGGCAGAAGACUCCGGCAAAACCGGGUCUGCGAUAAGUGUAAUCCAGCCUAAUUUGGACACAAAGAUGUGAGCUCUUGGCGCGCUGAGAGUACCGAACUUGCGGCUCUCGCGGAAGUGCACGCGCGCGCGCGAAAAGAUUAAGAUGUGACUUUCUGACUAUCUCCGGUGGUGCGGCGGUCUUGCGGCGUCUCACGUUGCUAGCGAUUCCGACACGCGACAUUGGUUUCGUGAACUGAACACGCUGCCGGCGGCAUAAAAGAGGGAGAAACUGAGAAAGAGAGAGAGAGAGAGAGAGUAAUUGAAUUUUAAUUACUUGGGGCUCCCCGUGACCUCGGACUCCGCGGAUCUCCCGGCGGAUGACCGUGAGUUUCCUGGUGAGUGCAUCCUCACAUACAUGGAGUUUCAGUUGGAUAGCGCAGAAUACUGCCAGGCUCAACACAAAUAGAGAGAUACGCCCGUACUCGCUGAGGACUGUUAGGUACUGUUGAAGCGAGCAGCGAGGGAGAGGGUAUAGACACAUCUCGGAGAGAGAAGAAAGGUGGACAUUGGAGUAGAGAAUUAAAAAUCAUACACCACACACACGCACACACACAUACACACACAUCAUACAUAGACACACAGGGAGAGUCCGGGAAAAAGGAAAUCAUCAACUAGUCAUCGACGCAAGACGUAGGAGAAUUUUAAUAGAAACCAAUUAUUAAUUUACAUUAGUAGAUGCAAGCAUCGUAGUUACUGAGCGCGCCUGUCACACGGGAGCACCCAGUGCCAAAUAGAUAAUCUUCCGAGUCAUAGUCGAAAGUCUCUCAAGUGGGGAAGAGUAAAGCGCAUAUCAACACCGCCUAAUGUAACGUAGCCCUUACCCUUUCGGCGAGAUUCGCAUCCCGACAACCUCUCUCGACGUCUACAUGUAAACCCACGGUUCUGUCCUCUGUAAAAAAAUAAGGGAUAUUCUUAUUAGUUAAAUGAGAAGCAACUUUAUAAGACUGACAUUUAAUGGGCUAAGUUGUCAAAUCCAGCCUUUGUCGCUUCGUAUAGUGUGGCACACGUACGAGACUCGAAGAGACAAGUUCUAAGAUCUUUUAAGAGUUAAAAACACAAUAAGGGGAGAUAGAUAGAUUAUACAACCAUCUGCCGUUAAGAAGGAAAUGAGCAACAUGAGGGUGAAGGAUAUCAGGCCGGCGCCCGCCGAAAUUGCAUACAAAAACAUGAAGUUCCUCAUCACCGAUCGGCCGAAUGAUCAAACCAUCCAUACCUUUAUUCAACAACUGAAAAUGCACAAUGUAAAGGAAGUGGUAAGAGUCUGCGAACCAACGUACAAAGUCGAAGAACUUAAGUCAGAAGGGAUCAAUGUGAUAGAUUUGGUAUUCGACGAUGGUACAUUCCCACCGAACGAGGUGGUGGAUGAAUGGUUCGAAUUGCUGAAGAAUCGAUUCCGAGAAUCACCUGACGCAUGUGUAGCGGUACACUGUGUCGCGGGUCUCGGUAGAGCACCAGUUUUGGUAGCGGUAGCUCUCAUUGAACUCGGGCUUAAGUUUGAAGACGCUGUUGCUCUUAUCAGGGAGAAAAGACGAGGCGCCAUAAACGCGAAGCAGUUGACUUUCCUCGAAAAGUAUCGUCCCAAGUCUCGACUGAAGAUCAAGAACGGACAGAAGAAUUCCUGCUGCGUCCAAUAGAUGGAAGGAUUUUUUCGAAAAGCGGAGAAAACGGAAAAGUCACUAAUUCACGAUCGAUAUAAAUGUAUAGGUUUUUACGCCUGGCAACAAACGGUAUAUUGUAGCGAAUCUGUUUUGAAUGGCCUAUCAAUGGAAAUGCAACCGUGAUGAAGAAUUGCAAACUUUACCAGUUGCAAUCACCAACCAGUCGCAAUUUUGAGGCACAUUCUGUCUGUCCAAUUAUGUAUUUUGAGACAAGCCAUUAACACGUGAAUUGCUUCAAAUUGUCGCUGUGUUUCUUUUUACGGAAAUCCUGUAUUUAUUUUUGAUACUUAAUCAAUAUUGAUCGUAAUAGGACAGAAGUUAAGCCUUAAAACUGUAAUAACUAUUUUUAAAAUAUUCGCGAAUGCGCGCGGUUAUUAUUGCUACUCGAUCAUGCUGAAGUAUGCAGCGUGACGUCAGAUUUUUACUCACACGCAUUACAUUCAUUGCAUUAUUUCCCCUCUCCAAUAUGUGGGAGACAAAAAUUCAUAAAUCCUCAUUGUGAGCCGAAACGAUUUAUAUUAGGAAAAAUUUCAACUGUAAUCAGCUAACACAUAUGGUAUGCAUCGGAUAUUCGUCAUUUUUUUCUCAUCAUCAAUCGAAAAUUGUAUUGCGUCUGUAACAUAAGUAGAAAACUUAGUAUAUUUCUAAUUUAUAGGUUUUUUUUUUAACAGACAUAAUUUGAAAAUUACUAUUAAGAUUACAUUGAGUGAUUGCAAAGUACAUUUCCAGAUAAGUGUGGUCAAGAGAUGAACACGUUCCUCUGUAAAACGUGUAAAUGACAUGCAAAGUUUUAAUAUUUGAAACAAAAUAUUGAGACUUCAUUAUACAUAUUUCCGUUUCAAAAAAAAAAACAAAAAAUAAGAAAGAAAGAAAAAAAUAUGUCUUGACUACUCAAUAUAUCACUCUUUAAAAGCAUCCUAUAAAUAUAUUCUUCACAAUAUAUGAUUAGAAUAAAAGGGAGGUACAUGCGCAUCCUUUUUCAAGUGUUUAAACGUGUAUGGUUUUGAUAUGAUGUGUAUCAGUCGCAGCUUUGCAAAAGAUGUGAAAUCGAAUGUGAACACGAUAUGCUCGACGUUACAAUUAUUUCGACGAUGAAUCAGGACACAUGCCACAGUGAAAAAUGCUUGAUUUUGCGAUGGAAAAAAAAAUGCUGCACUGUGCUGAGUAUUGCAAUUUGCGAAAAGCGACAUUGCAGUUCACUGCAGAAUAUUUUCUGUCAUGUACGUAAAUUUAUCACGAAGUUGAGUAUACACGGCUAAUAUUAAUUUUUAUCAACGUGAUAUAUCGUUAGAGGAACACAGUUGAUGUUUGGUUUACGUAACUUUAUGUAUAUGUCUGUAAAAAAAUGUACUUUUUUUUUUUAAUAUCUGAGACACGAGUUUCAUAUGAAGCGUUAGAGUCCGGAAAAUAUAUAUAACUCACGCGUUCUUUGAGAAUUUGUCCGAGUUUAAAGAACGAAGAGGAAGACACGUGUGUAUAUUGCGUUGCAUUUCCAAUGGCAUGCCGAAUCGCUGAUGGAUGUUCUUAACUCUUAUUGGACUUGGAAUCUGCGUUAACUUGAACGAUGAAUGAAACUCGAGAAUAACGCGAGGUAAAAAAAAUGAAUCACACUCCAGAGUUGUAUAUCACGUUUAUCGUAGCUCAACGACAAUUUCACCAAAAUCUUUGCAUAUCCAGGGAAAAACCUUUAACCGCAAGCAAGCAAAGGAAUAGAUUUUUUCAAAUCUGACACACAUAUACACACACACACGCACACAAAGCAUUUUAUGUAAGAGCCAUCGUCGUCUUCUAUUUUGGUAAAAUUGUCAGUGACGCUGUACGCCACACUAAACUGUGUUCAAAGGAUAGAGAUGAAAAAAAAAGAAAUUCACUCGUAAACUAAUAACGAAUAUUAAUAACUCUAGAACAUUUCGCGCGUCUGCUGAUUUUACGUGAAUGUACGUUCUUUUGUAAUGAACAAACACGUCUUCGCUUCUCUCUGGCUGUCCCCCGCUCAACAAUAGAAAUGAUGCGCGCCGGAAAUGGUGUUAUCGCGCGACGGUUGCGCUCGAGCGAUCAGGCUCGCUCGGUUUACGCACCGCUCUAUGUUCAACCAACCGAGUUUAAUUGCCACGGUGCCACCGGCGCGCGGUGUUGUACCCCCCCCCCUGGAACAACAAUGAAUCGUUGUAUCGUACGUUUGUUAAUCACCCCCGGCAAUUCACCUCUUAUUCCGCAACGACGCGAACGACACGAUCGAUUGACGUUCAGCUACCAGGUGGCCACAGAGCGAAAACAGUUUUUUUUUCCCCCGAGCGAUUCUAGAUUCUCGCGCGCGCGCAUAUUUUAUAACGAGUGACGACACACCCACACUUCUACACCACACACAUACACACAAAACUGAGUACAUUCACUACGAUCGCAGAUACUCGGAUUGAAAUCUAAAUCUGGUACAUCUCCUUUUUUGUAAUAUUAAAAAACUGCAAUAUUUUUUACCAGAGGAUGGGACGAGGGAUAUUCGUAAAAAUGAAACAAAGAUGACCCAACCCCCCUUAGAUACAAAAGUACAUUACUUUUCAUUGUUCACUCCUUAGUUUAAUUGUGAUAAUUAAAGAUAAUUGGACGCGUU